GGGGCGAAGGGAAAGUGAAAGUGAAAGUGUUUCUGGUGCAGAAGAGAAGACGAGCACUGUCAUCCAGAUCCUGGUCCAGAUCCUGCACCUUCUGAUCCUAGUCCUUGUGCCGGUCCUGUUCAUCGAGAUGCUGAGCUGCUGUCAGGUCUGCCGUGAAGAAGAAGCUGAGGAGAACCAAGAGAGGCGUCAGUGGAAGAACCCAAGAACCUUCUGCAGAAAGAACAAAAACCAGAGGCAGGAACAAGAGGAGCAUCAGCAGCUGUUCCAGCAGGUGACACACCAGGAGGAGCAGAUGGAGGAGGUGAGCAGCAGGCUGCUGGAGAGGGAGGCGCAGCUCUUCAGUCAGGACCGUUCCAGUGAGGACGACAAAGCGGCCAAGGAGCAGCUGCACAAGGACUUUGAGGAUCUGAAAGUCCAGCUCCAGACCGUGGUAGAGAAGACCUUCAGCGACCAGCCGUCAGCUCUGAGGAGUGCAGUCAUCUGUAUUCAGCAGCAGGAGACGCAGGACCAGCUGUGGACAUCAGCUCCCGAGGACACACGUCCACCGUGGCGUCCUCUGAAGUGUAGACACGCCCACGACGUUCUGCUUCAGAACAUCGUCAGUGCCAGACUGAGGAACGCCAGAGAACAGCAGGUCUCUGGAGAACAACAGGAACUGUCCUCGGUGCUGAAGAGACAAGUUUAUAAUCUUGGGAAGCAGGUAGAGGAGGACCUGCUCAUGCUGGUCCAGAAUCUCGGGGACAGUUCCUCUCCUCACCUGGAUGUCUUAAACACAUAUGCCAGGGUCUACCACCAGGGCUUUUCUGAUCAGCUGAUCCAGAUCGCCGGGUCUGAAUUGGACGUCGAGGACUGCGUUUACCUGCUCUUUAUGGUCAACCACUACUAUCCAGAGAGCAUCCUUAAACACAAGGACCUCGGUGGACUGGUACAGACCAGCAGCCUGGGGUCUCUACUGCUGGAGGAAGACCUGACUCCACGAGAGGAACAGUACCUGACCCACAAAGAGGACCAAAUCAAGACCUGGUUCAACAUGGCCUUGAAUAAGGAGCGAGAGACCUGGACUAGUGGAAAAGACCUGGAACUGAUCGACUCGUACUACUUCAGUCCUUUUGCCAAUGAUGCAAUCCAGAUGGUCCAGAGUUUCUUGAAUGAGUUGGGUCGUGUAGUCCAGGACCAGAACAAAGGUCAGAGGGUCACAGCUCAUCUGGAGAGUUUCCUCAGGAGCUAUGAGAAGAGUCUGGCAGCGUUCGUGAAGACGGCCCCGGCUAACGUGGCCUCGGUGGUCAAAGGUCAGCUGGUCUGCGAGCAGCAGCUCAGGGAUUACAUCACAAACAUGGACGUGGUGUCUGAGCAGCAGAGAAGCUGCUGUCUCCGCGUCCUCGAUGACCUGAAGACGUUUGAGUCCAGGUUCUUCACGGCUCCUAUUCAUGUCCACCUGAAGCUGUGUGUCUCUGGGCUUUGGACGUCUUCCUGGAUAAAUGGGUCACUUCCUGUUGUCCAGUCUCUGUUGGAGUCUCUGGAUCAACAUCUGGAGAACCUGAAGGACCUGAGAUCAGACUGCAGAGAGGUCCUGCUGCGCUCCGUCCACGAGGACCUGGUCCUUCAGUACCUGAAGAAACUGAUGAAGAGCUCGAAGAAGAGCACAGAGCAGCAGGUGAUUGGAGCUCAGCAGAUGAAAGACGACGCUGGCAUGAUCAAUGAAUUCUUCAAAGAUGGGGACUACAGUGCCACCCAGUGGCUGAGUGAUGUCAUGGUUUGUGUUUCGGAGGUCAUGUGUCUUCAGGAUCCGAACGCCGUUCAACUGGAGAUGAUCUCUUUGUCCAGAAAGUUCCCAGACAUCAGUAACGACCACGUGGUGGCGCUGUUGUUGGUGAAAAAAGGUUUAUCCGGCACUAACAUUCGGUCCAUACUCCGAAGUGUGAAGGAGAACCGUGUCUCCAGCGGGGGCAGUCCUACAUUCUUCUGCAGACUUCGCCUCAAACCCACGGACAAACUCAAGACCAGCGUCUUCUCUCGUUAGCAAGUUACACACUGUUGGCAUUUCACUUCUAUGUUGUGAGCUUGUAACUUUUGAUCUGCCAGCAGAGGGUGCAUGUCAGUCCACGUACAGUAUAUUAGCUAGUGAUUUCUGCAGGAGUCGUCUUUGAACAUGGUGACAGAACCGAGAAGGUGGAUUCUGGUCUUGGCCUUUGUUGGCCAGGUUCUCUGAAACCAGAUUGAUCCAGUUCUUUGUUUCCACAUUGGUGAUGUUGUGACAAUGUUCUGUAUUAAAUCAAAGACCUCA